AAAAGAUGGACUGUUCCGGUGUGAGUGAAUUAUCCGGGCUCUGAAGAAUUAGCCUAGUCUCCCGUGACGUAGCUUAAGGCGGCAAAAAGGUUUAUUUAUCAUUUUAUGGAAAGUGAUAAAAAGGCUUGUGACAUCGACAAACUAACUGUAGCGGCUCUGAAGAGACGAAGAUUAGAAUUAGAGAAAGAAACGGAGAGGUUGAAGAAGAUACUAAAGCGUGCCAAAUCAAAAGUAAGAAGUAAGCAGAGGUCAGAGAAUCAAGGCUUACCUUAUGGAACUCAGAGUCAAUAUCAAAAUCAAACUGAUUCUAUUCAAAACUCCUUUCCGUCAGUUGCAACAUUCAACAAACUAUUGUCACCAUUGAUGCUGUCUUCAUCAGUGUCUGGUCAAUUGCCACAAAGGAGAGUAUGUCGAUUUCCACCAAUUAAUUUGGUUGACAUUCAAGCAACAGAAUCCGAAUUUUGUCUUUCAACCACUGAAUUUGGAGAGAUGAUGAACAAAAAGAGUGACAAUAGUUUGCAUAAAACUGAUUCGGGUGCCUCUCAUGAUGCUGACAUAAACACAAGGACAACGCACGAGAACGUUUGUUCUCAUUCUCAUCUGAGUGUUGAUUGCAAUAAAGACAUUUCACAUGUACUCACUUCUCAUCAGUCGUUUGAUGAAUGUGUCGGUGAAGACUGUCAAAUGAUGGAUGAUUGUAUUACCAAAAAGAAACAGACAAAUGACAGUUUAUCACAUUUUGCAAUUAGUGCUGAUAAGUGUGAAACAGUUGAAGAAACUAAUGAGUCAAGUAACUCUCAUUCACGCUGUUUGAGUAUGGAAUUCUUCAGUAAACAGUUUAACUCACAAUGCCACAAGACUGCGGACAUAGUAAGAAAGAGUUCCAGUCAGCCAGUUCAAAAUGAUGAACAUUGGAAAGAGUUGAGAGUGUAUGGACGGCAGUUUCGACCAGCAAGAAAAUCGAUGUCAUUUUCUGUUGGUGAUUGUGGUACUCAUGUUCGUGAUAUGAGCAUCUGUCUUCACAAUGAAGCAAUGGUUUCUCAAGAGUUAGUUCAAGAACAAUCUGAAAAUGGUAAAUCAACAAGUAAUAACAGUAUAAACAAUGACAGUGGACUGUGUGAUGUGACAGUCAGCUUACAGCACUUCAAUUCAGUUGAAGCUGUCAGCUGCUGUUCAGGCAAACUAUUGCUACAUGAUACUGAUACAAAGAAAGGAACACAACAGGAUGAUGUAUUUAUUAUUGCAGUUAGCACUGCAUGCCAUUUAGUUGUAUGGCAUAGUACCACAGCAGCCAAUUGGCAAGUCUUGCUUGCUUUGCCUCUUAACAAGGAAGAAGGCGAGGUCGUCAAGCAGUUGUCAGUGGUUCCCGUCUCCUCUGGAAUUUGUGUAGUUGGUGGAGGAAAUUUUAUAUCUUGUGCUGUCAGAGUGUAUCGAAUUGUCUCACUUGAAAGCUUUUCAUUCUUUGAUGUUUACUCUGAAAAUACUACGUUCAAGCAGCUAUGUGUCAUAUCAUCAUGUUAUUCUGGUCUAAGUGACGAUUACCUAGUUGACGCAACAGUGAAUAAGUCCAACGUUUUACAAGUGAUUCGACACACAAUGGGCAGUAACUGGUGUGAAGUGGUUGAUUGUCACACGCUUCCAACACUCGAGUCAUCGAGUGACUUACACUCUCUCCAGUCUGUUUCUCACAGUGACAUGAUGAUUGGAACAACAUCAUGCUGCAUACUCGUUUGGAAUGUGAUUUCUUGUCUUCUGUUAAACUCAGUUUCUCUUGGUGAUGUACAUAUUCCUCUUUCAUUAUAUUGCCUUUCAGCUGUACACGACAAGGAAGUGAUAUUUUUGACUCUUAUUCAUACUUCACCAAACGGGCACUCAGGAUGCACGUUGGUUGCGUAUCAUGAAUCUGCAGGAGUUUGUACUAAGUUGGUUGACUAUGCUCUCAUGUGUGCAGAAUCAAAGAGAUUUACUGGUGUUGGUAUUGAAAUGGGGAGAGAAAUCAUUGCAGCUUUGGAACCACAAACAGUGGGAGUAUGGAAUAAACUAACUGGUCAAUGUUCUAGAAUAUUCCACCAUGAAGUUGGCAUUACCAGCACAUGUUGUCACGAGGAGAAACAGCUUCUGUUACUAGGGUUAGCAGAUGGAGAUGUUCUUGUGAUCAAGUAUAGCAAUUUAUUAACAGAAUGACAUCAAACAUUCAGGUGAGAAACAAUUCUCCACCUUACAUGAAGUUAGCUAUCAUUAACAUGAAACUGAUUUCAACUAUAGAGGAAGACAAGCUGAUCUCCAGUAAUUGUUUAUACCUUAGCACAUAGG